AUGGGCAUCCAUUCCCACCCCCAAUCCUCUUUCUCCGAGAACCCAAAUGUCCCCGGCCUCGACUACCAAGCCGACUUCAUCACCCCCGCCCACGAAGAAUCUCUCCUCACCCUCUUCCGCACCGAACUCACCUGGCCCGACCGCCCCGGCCGCAUCUCGCUGCACUAUGGCUACACCUUCGACUACAAGACCUUCGGCAUAGACCCGUCGAUCCCAUACAAGCCAUUCCCCUCCUGGCUCGAACCUCUCAUCCCGAUAACAGAAUCCAGACCGCCUGACCAGGUCUGUCUCCAGUAUUACCCCCCGGGCUCGGGGAUCCCGCCCCACGUCGACUCCCAUCGCGGCUGGGACCAGCUGUAUGCGCUUUCGCUGGGGGCGCCGGUGCUCAUGCGCAUGAGGCAUGGGAAGUACGGCGAUGAGAAGGUUGAUGUUGAUUUGGCGCCGCGGAGUAUGAUGCGCUUUACGAGGGAUUCGAGACUGCAUUGGACGCAUGGGAUUGCGAAGAGGAAGACGGAUAUGUUGGGUGAUGGGACGGUGAGGGUGAGAGGGGAGAGAUGGAGUAUUACGUAUCGAUGGGCGAGGGAGGGUGAUUGUGAGUGUGGGAAUGCGGAGUUGUGUGAUACGGCGCAGGCACGGUUGGGGAUUGAGCCGGAGAAGAGAUCUGUGUUGGCGGAGGGAAAGGCUGGACCUCCUGCGGCUGUGGUUGGUGAAACUGUGCAGUCGGUUGGCUGA